AAAGGGUGAUUGGUCAACGUGGAUUGUACGUAAAAAAACGUUAGUAAAAAUGGCGGCACAUUAGCUGUGGUUCUUGUUACCGCAUGCUUGUUAUGUGAAAUUUUAAGAAAUGGCAGAAGUUAAGCCCCUAAAGGUGAAGGAGCACAAAGCACCAGAUAAAAAAUCUCCAAAAGGCUCCAAGAACAAGAAAAGCGUCUACUGUCCUUUGUGUCGCAAGUGGCAUUUAAAACAUAAGGGACAUGAUCAUAUGCACAGCUUGCAGCACCACCAGGAGCUGGAGUCGGUGCUGGGCAAGGACGCUUGUCAUGACUGCCAGGCAUGUAAGAUCAAACUAUCGGGGUUGAAUGAAUACAUAAAGCACAUCUCAACAUCUCAACACACAGCCAAGUUGAAUAGUUUGAAGACCAGAAACGUUAAGCCUGUUAGUCUGUUCAAGACCCUGGGCCCUGAGAUCAUGAAAAGCGUUAUGGAGAGAAACAAGAUGCUCAGGAAAAGCACGAAGAAGGCAGAGAAAAAAGAGAAGAAGAAGGCGAAGCAGAAAGCUGGGAAGAAGAAGCAAGGUGUUGCUCAGGAAAUGACUUUUGCAUUCAAGAACAGGACAGAGGACAGAAUGAGAAGUAUGCCAGCAAGGUACCAAAACUGGCAACCCCAAACUUCCGGGCAGGGAGGCAACUGUGUCGUUGCUCGGAACAAGGAGAACAAAAUGUUUCAAGCGCAAAGACCAGUUCAGGACGGAGAACCGCCGUUUCACAAUCCAAACUGGAUGCCGGUUCAUCCACCAGGAAUGCCAAGCGGUUGGCCUUUUAAUUCCCAGUUUGUUCAGUAUUCCUUCAGUUCUCCAGCCAACCCCCCAAGCUAUCCCUCCCAUUUGGGUGACCACCCCCAGUCAAGAUUCCAUCACAAUCAGGCCAGCAGACAUUUUGAAGGGCCAAAUCACCACCAAGUGGGUUCUUCUGACGUGCAGAUACCCAAUGCAGGCAACUUUUCCAAUGCAUAUGAUUGUUCUUAUAAUGUUUCUGCUGGUGGUCUGAUCCCUGAAAAGGGAGUGGGUCAAAUCCAAAGUGAGAAAACCGAUUCCUCUCAGCCAUCAAGCUCUUCAGCUCCGCUUGCUUCAGCGAACAAAGCCGCUCCCGUGCGAGACAUCGACGUCUCAUCCGUCCUGAAGCAAAUCAGGAGGGAGCUCGGCGUGAGGGAGCCAUGCAGAGCUGAUCGGGAAGCCCGGAAGCAGAGCAGGAUGGUAUAUGGGAACGCCGUGCAUCAACUGGAGUUGGAGCAGCCAGCAGGUACCACUCCAGCUCCAGCCGUUCUUUCUCCACAGGCCAGAACGUCUGCUGUCAUUGGGCCAAAGCAGACAAAAGAAACAAGUGGAUUCCAUCAGACGAGUUCGGCUGCAGCGGACGGAGACGUCAGCGGCAGGGAAGAAGAGUCUCGUGUAAGAAAUAGUUCAGCUUCUGAGCCCAACCUGAGCACCGCCCGUAAAAUCCGAAUUGCCCACAAAUCAGCUGAAGGGAAGAAGCUGACACCAAGUAAACCGGUCCUGGACAAGUUGUUGAGCUUCUCAGGAGCCAAGAGUAGAACAAACUGGGAGGCGAUGUACGGCAGCACAAAGAAGAGGCACUUAAAAGACAAGCAGCGGUUUGGAACUCGGCUGGUGAACCCCCCGACCGAUAACGGCUCUGCACAGGAUGCUGACCUGCCUCUGUCUCAGGGCUUCCACUGGGAGACGCUUUCAGACAAUCCUUCAGUCCUUCCUUCGAACGACGGACUCACCGAGACACAAACCGUCUCUCAGAAGCAGGACACUAAAAAGUCACCCGAUGCAUCUCAGGCAGCUAGAGUUGCUAUUAAAAAAGAACUAAACACUGAAGAUGAGCCGAUUACUGGAAAGAGGGAACGUGACAGCGUGGCGGCUGACGGUGUUUCCAGUAAUAAGAAGAAGAAAACAAAAUCAAACAAGGACCCGAGUCAGAUGGACCAACUGUUGGCCGUCUCGCUCAGGGAGGACGAGCUGAGCUUCUCCUUGCAGGAUUUGGACAAAUCUCUGAUCCAGGCCCGGACCGCUCUGCAAGCUGCCUACGCCGAGGUCCAAAAACUUCUACUUCUCAAGGAACAGAUGACUUCAGAGGUCAACAGUCUAAGAACAAAACGCAUUGAGAUCCUGCAGGGAAUGCAAGUGGGUUACUCCAAAGCUUCCAGUCCAGCAGGAACCACCUCACCAUCAGGCGGCGCUUCCAUCGUGCCGCCAGCUUCCGUUUUCACUUCAAGUGACUUCUCUACCUCCACGAGCCAGCAACCACCUGCUGCCACCCCGACGUCAUUUAUCACCCAAUCUCUUCCAGCUCCUGUUGCUCACCCACUUGUGUCAGUAAAACAGGAAGUCAAUCCUGUACUUGUUCAGGCCGAUGCCCCCUUUUUCCCCUCAAAUCUGCUCCAACAGUCGCACUCAGCUCCUUCUUCCUCGGCUGCUCGGCUCGCAGCAGAAAGCUCUGCAUCAUCGACUGAAUCAUCUGCCACUAGGGUUAAAAUCCAGAUGGAGCUGCAGCGAUCUGAGAGCGAGUCUGUGGAAGAAGUCAGGGGAAGUCCCAAGAAAGGAAAUAACAAACCUGCUCCUGAGCAACAGAGGACAACAUCUGAAAGGAGCGACGGCGGCGACGAGAGCGACAGCUCGGUGGAAAUGAUCGACUCCUCCAUCCUGGAGGUCAUAGAUGUGGAUGAGUCUGACGGCGUGAGCUCCGUUCAGCCCGAGGAGCCGUCUGCGAGCGUAGAGCUCACAUCUGUGAGCACUCAGACGUCUCAGAAAAGUGAAACGGACAGCAAAUUUCAGCCUCCAAAAGAUGCUGACAUCCCUCCAGAGUCUGCCGAGGCCGACGAGCCAUCUUUAGGAGCUUUUUCAAGUCACGAGGGCCCGGUCCACGGCCUGCAGGUCCACAACGGGCUCUUGUACACGUGUUCAGGGGACAACACGGCUCGUGCCUACAGUCUGAUGACUAGAGAAUGUGAAGCGGUUUUCCACGGUCACACAAAUAAAGUCAACUGUCUGCUGGUGUCGUCACCCCCGAACAUGCUGGCACGCCUCUACACCGGGUCCAGCGACCAAACCAUCCGCUGCUACAGCCUGAAGUCUAAGAAGUGUCUGGAGAAGAUCUCGCUACCAGACAGGGUCUUUUGUUUGCACAUCGCCUGGAAUAUUUUAUACGUCGGCCUCGCCAACGGAUCAGUCAUCAGCUUAGAUUUAAAGACUCUGAAGGAGCUGGAUGUGUUCGAGUGUCACGGCCCGCGAGGGGUGAGCUGUUUGGGAACGGCUCAGGAGGGGGCGAGGCGGCUGCUGUUGGUCGGCUCGUACGACAGCACCAUCAGCGUACGGGACGCCCGCAGCAGCCUGCUGCUGCGCUCGUUGGAAGGUCACACCAAGACUGUGCUCUGCAUGAAGGUGGUGAAUGACCUGGUCUUCAGCGGCUCCAGCGACACGUCGGUCCACGCCCACAACAUCCACACGGGUGAGCUGGUUCGGAUCUACAAAGGUCACGGCCACGCCGUCACAUCCAUCGUCAUUUUGGGGAAAGUGAUGGUGACGGCGUGUUUGGACAAACUGGUUCGGGUUUAUGAGCUGCAGUCCCACGAUCGUCUACAGGUGUAUGGAGGUCACAGUGACAUGGUGAUGUGCAUGGCUGUGCACAAAAGUGUGAUUUACACCGGCUGUUAUGAUGGCACCGUUCAGGCUGUGAAACUAAACCUGAUGAGGAACCACCGGUGCUGGUGGCAGAGCUGCUCUCUGAUCUUCGGCGUGCCGGAGCAUCUCUUGCAUCACCUCGUCACAGAUCACAGCAAUCUGAAUCUGCAAACGGUCAAAUGUCGCUGGAAGGACUGCAACGCGUUUUUCGCCACACAGCAGGCGGUCAAACAGGAUCUGCCUGAUCACUUGCAGAACCACAUAGACAAAGACAGUAAACAGCAUCCCUGAGACGAGGACUCCCGUUUUAACCCUGUGUUGCUCUUUUUUCAAGUCUGGCUGAACGACACAAAGCUUUCAUUUUCAUGGAAGCUGUUGGAUCACUAAGAGUGUUUUUAAAAAUGCACCACUUGCACAAACAUGCCAGAACUGUUGAGGAAAUGACAGUUUUUCUUGUGUAAAUUACAAAUAAUUUUCAUUCACUGUGAGACAAAAGUAGCGAUAAUUUAUUUCUUUGAAGCUUCUUUGCCCAAACGGGUACAUUCAUUCCCCACAAUGCAACUCAGUCAUUAGCUAAUUAACUUUGUGCAGAUCAAUAAUUUUGUCAACAUUUCAUUCUAAGAAAGGAGAAAUAAAAAAUAUUGACACAAGAAGUAAUUUUGCUUACUGAAAAAUAAAGUUUUUCGUCAUGA